AUGUCUACAAAACUUUUGAGACCUCUUUUAAACAACAAGCGUGCUAUGCGCACGGCAUCGCGCAUGUGGUGUGCUACAUAUAGCACCUCAUCUACAGAUUCACCUGUCCGCGUCCAAUACGUUUCUGUCAAUGCUCCUUCCUUUGCUGAUGCAGAGCUUACCGAUACUCCACCCGCUGAUGGGUCCGGGUCAAUUGCAAUUGUGACACUCAAUAGACUUAAGGCCAAAAACUCCAUUUCACGACAAUUACUGGAUGAUCUUCACACUGCUGUGACCCGAGAUUACGCUGGACAAGGUACACGCGCACUAAUUUUGCGUUCUGCAGCACCAGACAUUUUUUGCGCAGGCGCAGAUCUUAAGGAACGGAAAACAUUUACCCAAGACGAUACCCGCGCAUUUCUUGCUAAACUCAACCACACUUUGGAUUUACUAGAAACCCAAGCAGUCCCUACCAUUGCGGCCAUUGAUGGUGUUGCACUUGGUGGUGGACUUGAGCUGGCUCUUGCAGCUGAUUUCCGUGUUUUGGGACCCUCUGCAGUAGUGGGACUCCCGGAGACUCGUCUGGCCAUCAUUCCAGGUGCCGGCGGCACUUAUCGUCUACCACGUCUUGUGGGUACUUCGCGUGCACUGGAUUUGGUGUUAACAGGUCGGCGUGUGGGAGCAGCAGAGGCAUUACAAUUAGGUGUUGCAUCUCGGGCUCUUGUGAAUUCUGGAGAAAGUGCGGAUGAGGGAGCAUGGGCACUUGCGCGAGAGAUUGGAGCAGGUGGGCCUGUUGCACUUGUUGCGGCGAAACAGGCAGUGCGUGGAGCAGCACCAGCAUGGGAAGCUGGGAUGUAUGCUCGGGUUGUAAAUACGGAGGACAAGUUUGAGGCUCUGGCUGCGUUUGCAGAGAAGCGAAAGCCGGUGUUUAAGGGACGUUGA